AUGGCGUCCUAUAUGACCGGCAGUGAGGCUUACUCUCGCGAGGCUCAACAAUCAGCCUCUACACCUCCUUCCGCAUGGGCUGAUAAGUACCGCGGGGCCAAUGUCGAAGAUCUCGACCCUCCUCUCGCACUCUCCGUUUCUCCCAAUGAUCACAUCUCCACCGCCUUGAUGGCCGCCUAUGAGCGGGACUACACCCACCUUACCGUCAUCUCCGCUCAGCGAUCCCUCCUGGGCUACCUCAGCAUUCCUCGAUUAAAGGAACUGAUUCAGACUGGCUCCGUUAAGGAGUCAGACCCUGUAUCUGCGGCUAUGCAGCGUUUUAACCGGAAGCGCGGCACCUACCAGGUCAUCACUAUGGAGACACCUCUGGAGGAGCUCCAGCAGUUCUUUGACAGCGUGGGUGGUGCCAAUGGCGACCAGCACCAGUUCGCUGUUGUGACAGACCCCGCACGCAAGUUCGUACUUGGUGUGGCCACUAAGGCGGAUCUGGAGGAGUUCGUGAAGCGACGACCUUGA